CCGCGCCGGCUCACAGGUCUUGAGUCAGGGCCUCUGGCGGCGGCGGCGGCCGAGCCCGCAGGCCUGCGGAGGGGGCUCCUGUCCGGGCCGGGUCUGCCGGUUGAGCGAUGGAGUGGCCACGCAGACUCCGGGACCCCAGGCUUCCCAGUCAUGAAGCAACGGGCCCUGCGCCUGCUGGACCACCCCGGGCCUGAAGGGGAGCCACCGCGCCUUCUCUCCUCUGGGCCCCCUGGGCCACAUCUGACCACGCGUCCGACUCUGGGCUUCACCGGCAGCCCCAGCAGGAGCCCUCUCCUGGGUCGGCUGGGCUGCCAUCACCCUUGAGAGCUGGCCCCUGGGCUAUGCCAUCCAAGGUGGCGUGCCUGGGGCAUUCAGACACCUCCCCCCCGCAGCCCACUGCCCAGGGGCAUCUGCAGCCCGAAAGCAGGAUGCUAAAAGGACAGCUUCCAAAGCCAGGCAACGACCUCGUACCCCACCCAGGGUCCCCGCCUACCAACGACGGUCAGGGGCCCGAGAAGGGCCCAGUGCCCCCUCCAGACCCUCCCGCAGCUGUCAGCGAUGAGGACCCACGAGCUAAGGCGAAACCCUUCGCCCCAAAGCCACCCGCGAGGCCCAGGCUGGAGCGAGCUCUGUCGCUGGACGAGAAGGCGUGGAGGAGGCGGCGCUUUCGAAACAGCCAUGAGGGCCUGGCCACGCGCCGUGGGAGCAGCCCCUCCAGGGGCUCUCUGCAGGACGAGGGCCCCCAGCCCGCCGCCGGCUCCCCGCCCUGCCUGAGCGCCUCGCUGCAGGAGAUCCCUACAUCCCGCAGGGCCCUGGGCGGUGCAGGGGGGAGCCCCUCCUCCUGGGGGCACUGCAUCUCCGGAAUGAUCAGCACCUCCCUGGACCUCCUGCACCGGGACGGGGCCUCGGCUGGGAGCACCCCCAGGCUGCCCGCCGUGGACCAGAAGGUGGCCUCCAACUGCCUGCGCGCAGCGGGCUCCACCGGCAAGCCCCGCCUGCAGGACAGACUGUUCCGGGCCCAUAGCAGCCUGGGCCCCGGCCGGCCCCCGAGCCCCCUGGCCUGCGAUGCCAAGUCCUCGUUCAGCCUCCUGGCACCCAUCCGCGCCAAGGACGUCCGCAGCAGGAGCUACCUGGAGGGGAGCCUCCUGGCGAGCGGGGCGCUGAUGGGGGCGGACGAGCUGGCCCGCUACUUCCCGGACCGCAGCCUGGCCCUGUUCGUGGCCACGUGGAACAUGCAGGGCCAGAAGGAGCUGCCUCCGAACCUGGACGAGCUCCUGCUGCCUGCGGAGGCCGACUACGCCCAGGACCUGUACGUGGUCGGCGUCCAGGAGGGCUGUUCUGACAGGCGGGAGUGGGAGGUGCGCCUGCAGGAGACGCUGGGCCCCCACUACGUGACGCUGUACUCGGCGGCCCACGGGGCGCUCUACAUGUCCGUGCUCAUCCGCAGGGACCUCAUCUGGUUCUGCUCAGAGGUGGAGAGCUCCACGGUGACCACGCGCAUCGUGUCUCACAUCAAGACCAAGGGGGCCCUGGGCGUCAGCUUCACCUUCUUCGGCACCUCCUUCCUCUUCAUCACGUCUCACUUCACCUCUGGAGACGGGAAGGUGGGCGAGCGGCUGCUGGACUACAGCCGAACGGUCCAGGGCCUGGCCCUGCCCAAGAGCGUGCCCGACACCAGUCCCUACCGCUCCGACGCCGCGGACGUCACCACCCGGUUCGAUGGCGUGUUCUGGUUUGGGGACUUCAACUUCCGUCUGAACGGUGGGCGCGCGGCCGUGGAGGCCGUCCUGGCGCAGGGCCUGGGGGACAAGGUGUCUGCCCUGCUCCAGCACGACCAGCUCACCCAGGAGAUGAGGAGAGGGUCCGUCUUCAAGGGCUUCCAGGAGCCAGACAUCCGCUUCCUCCCGUCGUACAAGUUCGACAUCGGGAAGGACUCCUACGACACCACGUCCAAGCAGAGGACCCCCUCCUACACGGAUCGGGUCAUGUACAGGAGCCGCCACAAGGGUGACAUUUAUCCAGUCAAGUAUUCCUCCUGCCCUGGCAUCAAGACGUCUGACCACCGCCCCGUGUACGGUCUGUUCCGGGUGAAAGUGAGGCCGGGGAGAGACAACAUCCCUCUUGCUGCUGGCAAGUUUGACCGCGAACUGUACUUAAUAGGAAUUAAAAGACGGAUUUCCAGAGAAAUGCAGCAGCGGCAGUGGCAGCGGGCGCCCAAGGACCAGCACUCCAGCGCCAUCUGCACCGUCUCCUGAGGAGACGCGCGCAGGGCCGUUUGCCGCCCGCAGCCGGGCCGUUAUCUGACCACAGGCGCCCCGGAGAAGACGGAAGAGGCUCCGGCCGGAACCCUUCUGGGACGCCGGCCACUCGGUCAUCAAGAAGCCAGCAGGAGGCCAGCGAGGCGGCACCAAGGCACCAGUGUCCCCUGUCCAGAACGAAGCCAGCCACACCCAUUCACAGCACGUCCCCAAGCACAGUCCCCCGCGCAGCCGCAGCACACCUGCGGUCCCUCAGGCCGGCGCGUGGGUCCGGUGGCUCUGCGUCGUUUGUGUGCCCAGAGUCGACGUUGGCAGCGCCCCGGCAGCCCCUCAAAUGCAGACCGGGAGGUGCCCCCCCAUCUGAGUCCAGGGGUCCUGCUACCAGAUGAGGGAGCUCCGGUCCCCCCAGUGUGCGUGAGGACCAAGCCGAGGCCUGGCCGGGGACAGGGGGUGGGGGGGGGGAGGGGAGAGGAGGCCUGGCCUGCGUGAGGGCCGCCCCUGGUCUCGGGCAGCUGGCCUCGGCCUUCCAGCCACCGCGCCGUCUGCCUCUCCUCGCCUGGUCUGGGGACUUGAGACCAUCUGCUUUCAGAACGCCAGCUACGAGCAGCGUUGACGGAAGCAGCGCACUUCCUGGCCCGAGAGACGAAGUUUAGGGCGCCCCCACCUCGCCGCCUGGGCCAGCGCCCUGCCGCAUUCCAUCUCUUUGUUAGAGGGUCGUGGUCACGCUUGAGAAACAUAGGCUUUGAAUGUGGAAAAACCUAGGGGCAUUCACGCUAGUCUUUAAAAUUAUUUAUUUUUCCAUAUUUAUAUUUUUAAAUAAAUCCAUAUAUUAAAUCUUAAA